ACACACUGUAGUGCAGUCUCAGUCUAGAGAGACACUUUGGACUGUGUGUGUGUGUGUGGGGGUAUAUUUUGGUUACAGCCUCAAGCUUUCCUGGAUGACUAUGAACCUAACUGCCAUCAAUGAAGGACCACAAUACGACACACCACUGGGGAUCUUCCACCGCUUAUCCACACCUUUUUCAAAGGUCAUUGACCUCUGAGAAAGGAUCGACCCGGUUUCAUCUCUUUACGCAAAUGACACUGAACUUCCAUGUACCGGAUGAGCGCUUUUAUCAAGUGAGGAGAUGGCCAAGGUGUACAGACUCUAUGUAGGGAUAGUAACAGCUCUGGCCUUAUGCAAAUACUCCCUGGCAGAAUGGAAUGCCACCGACGAGUCUACCAAUCGAACUGUGUCCCUCUGUCAUCGCCAUGGCAACAGAGACAAUUGCACAGCAGACCCAAGAGACACAGGAGAGUGGACUGGCCACUUCUCAAAAUGUCCUGAGGAACUAAGACACUACUGCAUCCACGGGGAGUGUCGUUACAUUAAAGAACAGAAGGCGCCGUCUUGCAGGUGUCAGCGUGGUUACCAUGGCUCCAGGUGUGCAUAUCUGGACCUAGACUGGCGGAUAGCGGAGAAACGAGAAAUCAUAAUUGUCUGCGUCAUCGUAGGGCUCGUUCUCCUCAUUAUUGUCAUUGUAUUCAUCUGCAUUUGUUCACGUCGUAGCUGCAGAUUGUGUUGGCGGAGGAGAAGACGGAGGGAAGAACCGAGGAACGGCACAGAGAAGCUCAGCAUGAUGGACACCAGCGCGACACACACGACCUUAAUGGCAGACUCCACAGAGCCACCACACACCAACACUGUAUGAGAAGUGUGUGUGCGACUGACCACAAGUCUGGGAAUUGUUUAGACAUGAGGGAAAUUUGUCCUUUGUGUGACCAGCUGCUGCAUUUUGUCUCACAGUGACAACGGUGAGCUGUAGGAGGUCCCUCUGUGCCAGACAGGACUGAGGCCUGCUCAGAGGAGGAGGGACAUUUCUGGAUGAAAGCUGUGUUAGAUCAAGCAGGAGCACAGGAGUUUGCACCCUCGUCUUAUAAGGCAGCCGUGUCUGAAACAUUGAUGAAGCUUCAGAGCAAAGAAGAUGAUAAACACAAGUUGGAGACGAAUGUUGAGCUGCUUGUGUGUUGGCAAUGGUGCUGUUGCUAUGUUGGAGAAAGCGGUGACAGACGGGGAUAACGGUCGAUCGGGUUAUCGGUCUUCGUGAGAGACACACAGACACUGAAAAAUGAGAGGAAAGGGACUGUGGGAAGAUACUUCACUCCAAUUGUCUUGUAAAUAAAUUAAAUAUAUAGAAAUGUGCAAUAUUACAAGUACCAGCAGCUACAGUAUGCUGUAUCUUCGUGUCAUGUCGUUUCUGCGUUGUUUGAUCUACAUCACAAUAUCAAUCAUUAUUUAUUCCUCUAUCCACAAUGUCUUCAUGUAAACUCACACAGAAUAUUGUUACUCAUCAACAUUAGCAAUGCAAGAAGAGCCGUCUAUAUACUGCAAGGCUGCAGUUCUGAACUCUUUGGAGGAGGACAAGGAGAACUUGUGCUAGAGGCUUUUUUGAACUGUAUAUUUGGAGCCGAGCAGCCUCCGAGCUACAGAAGCAGAACAGCCGAGCCUGUGUGUGGAGGCUCGGCUGAGGUGAAAGUGCUCCACUGUAUGUGACGGUUUCUAAACUGCCUUUCACUGGGUUGUUUUUUUAAAAUGUGUAUCUGUAUGUGUAUUAACUCUGCAUCUAAAUGUAGAAUGAAGAGAGUUAGGGGCAGAGUCAGUGAAGUCACCUAUCAAUAAAUAUGUCUACUGUAUAGUA